AUGGACGAGACCAAAUCGAGAUUCCUUUGGUUAGAUAUCUUCAGUGACAAAGAAACGCCUCGCAGUAACCGGCGCCUUCUCUAUUUCCCUCAAACAGAGACUGAAUGGGAACUCAAGCAGGUCCUGACGGAGAAGAUAUUCGACGAUAUAAUCACCGGUAAGGACGGCGUUUACGAAGUCUCUGGACUUGCGCUCGUCACUCAGACAAGAGGACCAUCCCAGGGUACGGAGGCUAUUUUGAGAAUACGGAUGCAAACUCCCCCGGUUAAAGAUCCAAACAGUCGUCUUCGCGAAAAGUUCGACUACUCCAAGCUAAAAGAAACCGAGAUUUGUUGGAUGGGUGAUCACGAGAUACAGGUCCUUCAACAGCUCACGGAAGCCGGCUGCAGCUGCACGCCGACACUGAUCGAUUAUGAUGUUGUAGCCCAGAGCGAUGACGAAUACGUCCCGGGUGGAUACAUAGCUUUCAUCUUGAUGGAGAAGCUUCCUGGUCGUAAUCUGGAGAAUUUUCACACGUUUUCCUUAAAAAAGCGAGAUGAGGUCCGAAUCUCCUUUCUGAAGUCUCUCCGGAAGUUGUAUGCUCUUGGUUACACGCACUUGGACCCUCGCAGACGCAACAUAAUGUGGGAUAAUGACACAAAGAGAUGCUUUUUUGUCGGCAUAGAAGAGUUCGACUAUCAAGGAAAGAUAAAACUCAUACCGAGGAUAGAUUAUCGGCUCUGGGGACUCGGCAGUAAGCAUGACGUCGCAAUUGAGGGUGAAUCAGAUGAUCCGAUGAUCCCCUCUGAUUAUGAGGAAGUACCACUCGAGGAAGACGACGAAGACAAUAUCACAGAACAUUGAGAGUUAAGACGAGAUGUGACAUGAUAUGUAUCCCGAUAGUACCAUUAGCUAUGUCUCUUGAAUAAAAUACUGAGCUCGUAAUCUAUA